CGCACAUUCGACGGGAUUUACCCAACAUGGCGGCGCAGUUCUUCUGAUACGUUUCGUUGUAGUCGGUGGCUAACUCCUAACCAGCCUUAGUAGCUAAAACAGACCCCUUUAAUGACGAGCGACUCCAUAUUUCUCGCAUAUAUAUUUCGCAGGUUACGAUAUUAUUGCUUCAUCGACGGUUUUUGUUGUGAAAAUGAGUUACACAACGAAGGUGGUUCAAGUGACCAAUGUGUCGCCGAGCACCACGUCGGAGCAGAUGAGGACGCUGUUUGGGUUUUUGGGAACCAUCGAAGAAUUAAAAUUAUUUCCACCAGAUGAUUCUCCGAUGCCGGUGACCUCCCGGGUGUGUUUUGUGAAGUUCCAGGAGCCGGAGUCGGUGGGGGUGUCUCAACAUCUGACUAACACUGUGUUUGUGGACCGAGCCUUGAUAGUGGUCCCGUUUGCAGAAGUUCUUUUUCCUGGCUCAGCCAGUCCUGUAUACCAGGCCCUGCUGAAAAUACCAUCCAUCAGUUUUGUGUCCUGCAGCAAUUUCUCUCUCCAGUGGGCUCUUGUUUUUAAAUGUUUUCCCUGUUGUGUCCCUUCUUUUUUUUGUAGGUCUUCUUAUUUUGUGUUUUUGUUGCACUGGGUAUUAAAUGAGAGUGAGAUAAUUAUGAGGUGCCAUAAAAAAAAAACUAAAAAAAACAGAGGUAUUUGUGUUUUAGUCACAGAUUUGUAUGUUUUUAUAAUUGUUCAUUUAAACUGGUUGCAAAACUAAAAGAACACGCCAUUCUCUGGCCAGUCUUACUGGUGCAGUGUGAGGUAAGGAUGUAAAGAUGUUGCUAUGCAGCAGGCACACUUCCUGCCCUGCCUUUUUAUGACUGUGUUCACACGAUCCACUUGAACCCUUUUGAAAUGUGUUUUUGGUAAGUAGACACUGAUGGCUUGUUUGGUUUUCCUGCCAAAUCCCUAAAAUUCUCUGUGUUGUUUGUAUCUCGAUUUUUCUCUGUGUGCUUUUAGUAGCGAAGCCGCCAGCGUGAGUCGCUUGUUUCAGUAAGCAUCUAAAUGAAAAUUGAGGGCUCACCCAACUGGAGAAGCAGCUGUGCUUGCUAACGUUUGGUUCAUGACUUUAAAAACACAUUCAGGUGAUACAUUUUUGGCAGUGUUCAUUGGAGUAGUGUGAUUUAUUCCAACUUUAGCUGUUAUCACUGCAGAGAUUAUUUUGAAUUAAGGGAACUCAUCUGUAAGGUGAUGAACCUAAUUUGAAGAAUUACAGUGAGAAGAUUUUUUUUUUUAUUUUUUUGUCUUUUCCAGAGCAUCUUGUAUGUAUGUCGCGUCUAGACAUUGGCUCCUAACGCUUCCUUUGUAUUUUCCUGUAGGAUCAAUCCCAGAUGAGGCUAAAGCUUUGUCCUUGUUGGCUCCAGCAAAUGCUGUUGCAGGAAUUCUGCCAGGAGGUGGCCUCCUUCCAACGCCAAACCCCCUGACUAAUCCAGCUCUCGGAGCAAACCCCUUUGGUGGUCCAAACAUAGAUCCACUGGCAGCUUUUGGAUUCCCGGGACCCAACAUGAAUCCUCAGGCUGCUGAUCAGCUGUUAAAGAUGAUGACUGAUCCAAAACUGAACCCCUUGGCUGCUGGUUUGAACCUGAGCGCCAGCCUGAAGGCUGACGCCUCCAAUAAAGAGAUCGAGGAGGCCAUGAAGAGAGUCCGAGAGGCCCAGUCACUCAUUUCUGCUGCCAUUGAACCUGGGCACAAAGAGAGCAAAAAGAAGCAUUCUCGCUCCAGGUCCAGAUCCAGGCGAAGAAGGUCAAGAUCGCGUUCAAGACACAGUCGCAGGCGAACCCGGAGCAGGUCCAGGCGCAGAUCCAACUCCAGAAGCAGGAGGCGCUCCAAAAGCCCACGCAAGAGGGGCACCCACUCCAGGGACAGAGGCAGGAGAUCUCGAAGCAGAACCAGCAGAGAUAGAAAGAAAGAAGAGGUGGUGAGGAGAAGAUCCAAGACUCCACCAAAAAGCUACAGCACAGCUCGGAGGUCACGCAGUGCGAGCCGGAGACACAGGAAAAGCCGCAGCAUCAGCCGAUCUCCUAAGAAAUCCCCAAAACGCAGAGUCUCUCCGUCUCCAUCUCCUCGAAGACAUAAAAAGGAAAAGAAAAGGGACAAAGAGAGAGACCGCAGGAGUGAUAAAGAGCGCGUCCGUGAAGAACGAGAGCGCUCCACCAGCAAGAAGAAGAAGAGUAAAGACAAAGAGCGCGAGCGUGAGCGGAAAUCAGACGGAGAGAAAGAUGUCAAGAUCACCAGAGAUUAUGACGAGGAAGAACAAGGGUAUGACAGUGAGAAGGAGAGGGCGGACAGAAAAGGCUCAGAUGACUCUGGUUUGUCUCCUCAUUCAGCAGAUGGUAACAGCACAGGGCGUCACGUGAAGCAGGCCAAAGUUAACGGCGCCGACGACCACCACGAAGAAGACAUGGAUGUCAGUGACUGACGUGCUGCAUCCCACACGCUCCCUCCAUUUUGACUGUACAUACGCUACGUUGUUUUUUUUGUGGGGAUGAACCUAAAAUGUGAAGUGUUUCAAAAGUAUUGUAUCGUACUCUUUUGCGAACAUAAAAUGCAGAAACGUUCAUCUAAAAACUUUUCGGUUAUAGAAUUUAGUUGUCCGACCAACAGAUUAGCAAAGACUGGAACUAGCAUUGCUUUGUACGAUUGAAAUGAUCCCAAUUUAGUCACUUCCUGUAUUGUAUCUUCAUUUUUGUUAAGUGCUGUAACACUCAAGCCUUGUUCCCCUCCCUGAAGGAACCGUUACAUCUUGCAGUGUUUUAUCAUAACUUUCUUUUAUAUAAUAAAGCCUGUUUGAAGAGGUAA